AUGCAAAGCUUCAUUCCCAUAUUUAUUAAAUUAAUUAAUCCAAAAAUGUGCAAAACUUUAGUACUGUCACCAGAAUAUCAGAACGUUCAUUUGGCGGCUUUCUCUUCUUUCUCUCUCCCCUCGGAAGAGAUUCGAACUGGAGAAAUGGCGGUGGAUUCUCCGACAGGAGUAAUCAUCGCUGCCGUGUUAUUACAUGCUGUGACAACCAUGGUUUGCGGCUCCGACGCGGUUCUCAAGCUGGAGAGGUCGAUUCCGCCGAGCCAUGAACUUAGUCUGACUCAGCUCAGGGCUUUUGAUUCAGCUCGCCAUGGAAGGUUACUGCAGUCUCCUGUCGGCGGAGUUGUUGAUUUUCCUGUUUAUGGAGCCUCCGAUCCGUUUCUCGUAGGACUUUACUAUACAAAGGUUACACUUGGAACACCCCCAAGAGAAUUUAAUGUGCAAAUCGACACGGGAAGUGAUGUUUUAUGGGUUAGCUGCUCAUCCUGCAACGGCUGCCCCAAGACUAGUGAACUCCAAAUUCAGCUAAGCUUCUUUGAUCCUGGAGCUUCAUCCUCAGCUUCAAUGGUUUCAUGUUCAGACAGGAGAUGUUACUCAAAUUUCCAGACAGAAUCGGGCUGUUCUCCGAACAAUCUUUGUUCCUAUACAUUUAAGUAUGGUGAUGGAAGUGGCACUUCUGGUUACUACAUUUCAGAUUUCAUGUCCUUUGAUACUGUUAUUACCAGUACCUUGGCUAUAAAUUCCUCUGCUCCAUUUGUCUUCGGGUGUAGCAAUUUACAAACCGGAGAUUUACAGAGGCCUAGGAGAGCAGUUGAUGGCAUCUUUGGGUUAGGCCAGGGGCGUUUAUCAGUAAUUUCACAGCUUGCUAUGCAAGGACUUGCACCACGUGUAUUCUCACACUGCCUUAAGGGAGAUAAAAGCGGUGGAGGUGUAAUGGUUCUUGGUCAAAUUAAGAGACCGGAUAUUGUCUAUACCCCUCUCGUUCCAUCACAGCCUCAUUAUAAUGUGAACCUGCAGAGCAUUGCUGUGAACAAUCAGAUAUUACCGAUUGAUCCAUCUGUUUUCACAAUAGCCACUGGUGAUGGGACGAUUAUUGAUACAGGGACGACUCUUGCUUAUCUUCCCGACGAAGCUUAUGGUCCAUUCAUUCAAGCUAUUUCAAGUGCUGUUGCACAGUACGGGCGUCCCAUAACAUAUGAAAGUUACCAGUGCUUUGAUAUCACAUCUGGAGCCGUUGAUGUCUUUCCCGAAGUUAGUUUGAGCUUUGCUGGUGGUGCAUUAAUGGUCUUAAAACCCCGUGGGUAUCUUCAGAUUUUUUCUAGUUCAGGAAGUUCAAUAUGGUGCAUUGGUUUCCAGAGAAUGUCGAAUCGUCGUAUAACAAUUCUUGGCGAUUUGGUUCUUAAAGACAAAGUGGUGGUCUAUGAUCUUGUUCGCCAACGGAUUGGAUGGGCAGAAUACGACUGUUCUCUGGAGGUGAACGUUUCAGCGAUGAGAGGAGGACGAAGCAAAGACGUCAUAAACACAGGACAGUGGAGAGAGAACAGAUCAGAGAGUUGUUUUACAAGUUAUCACUUGUUGUUACGAGUAGUUUUCCUCCUCCAUCUUCUUGUAGCUUUCUAGCAUUCACUCCACAGAGGCUGGACUUUUUUUUCUCCGAAACAGUUGAGUGUCCAAAAACAAAAACAAGUUUGUUAUUGUAAUUUUGUCUGUAUCACUAAUUAAUUCUUACUUACGA